CCCUCGCCGCGCCCCCGCCGGCCCGCCCCCGCCGGCCGAGGCCGCAUCCGGGGCUGGGUGGAUGCACACAACCAUGAAAGCCUGGGCUCGCGCUCUCCCCGGCUCCGCCGCCGCCGCCGCCGCUGCUCCUCCUCCCGCCGCCGCCGGGAGGGCUCCGCUGUGAGGGGAGCAGGGGCGCAGCUGCUGCGCGUGCAUCCGAAAGGUGAGAGCCGGAGGGCCGGAGGAGGGGCCGGGCAGGCCACGAAAAUGUCCUCGGCCGUGGGGCCCCGCGGUCCUCGCCCACCCACGGUGCCUCCCCCGAUGCAAGAGCUGCCCGACCUGAGCCACCUGACCGAGGAGGAGAGGAACAUUAUCAUGGCAGUGAUGGACCGGCAGAAGGAAGAGGAGGAAAAAGAAGAAGCCAUGCUCAAGUGUGUUGUCAGGGACAUGGCGAAGCCUGCUGCCUGCAAAACACCGAGAAAUGCUGAAAACCAGCCCCACCAACCACCACCGAGAUUGCAUCAACAGUUUGAAAGCUAUAAGGAACAAGUGAGAAAAAUAGGAGAAGAAGCUCGACGUUACCAGGGCGAGCACAAAGAUGAUGCUCCGACCUGCGGCAUCUGUCACAAGACGAAGUUUGCUGACGGGUGUGGCCACCUGUGCUCGUACUGCCGCACCAGGUUCUGCGCCCGCUGUGGAGGCCGCGUGUCCCUGCGGUCCAGCAAGGAGGACAAAGUGGUUAGAAUCCAUGAUUUCUUUCCUAUCAUUUGUUAUUAUAAUGCUGUGAACUUUGUUAAGUGAAUGUUUCACUUAGUGUCGUGAAUCCUGUAUUUCACAGAGAAAUUGUAUGUAGGAAGAGCUCUUCCCAAGUUCUCAUGGAAAAAAAUUAAAACAAACAUGUAGGAGCAUUUCAGAGUUUUAUAUUAAUAGGUAAAGUCUGGGCAGUUUGAGUUCAUGGGAUUGGUGACAUUUUCACACAGUUUACGUCUCAUGGACUCACAUCCGCUCGGCUCUCUGAGCUUUCACGAUGACUCCAUCUCCCUUUAGCAACAGCAGUCUGACAGACAGCUCUCCUCUCAGCACCCAGUAGGGCUGCGGCAGGGGACUGAGCCUUCCCUGCAGGAGGAGCGGAGUGGAGAGGGUGGACCAGGUUGGAAUCAAGAGCUCAGAACAGAAGGAGUUUUCUGUGGAACACAAGUAGCAGAGCUGCCGAAUUGAACCGCGUUUUGCCCUUUUCUUCUCCCCCCAAGCAUAGAAAUCCUUCCCCAGGGGAGUGAAAGGUCACGUUUAACUCUUAUCAGCUGUAGAAACCGUGGAGGCCGUCCUCAGGAAGACAGGAUCCAAGUGGAACCCAGUCAGCCUGUCCUUGGUAGACACGCAGUGUGCUUUCAUUCAGUAAAACUCCAAUUUCCCCAAAGCCCAUUCAUUUCCCAAUAUGAGAUGGAGGCCAUGAGUAUUUCAGGUUCAAUACAUCAGCUCAGCUGCCUUUGUUCGACGGUUUAAAGUUUAAAUUACGUAUUGCGUGCAUAAGUAGCAAGCAUGACAUUAAAUUGAACAUGAAUUUGUGUUUUCAACUUGAUGCUAGUAUAUGUUCAUGGGUUUUUUCUGUGAAGAAGAAAUUGGGCUGAAAAUUGCAUAGAGUGGUUUGUUUUCACUAAAUGUGUUUGCCUGCACCAUCGGCGGAAGUGAGGUCAUUGUAGGGCUGUUAUUUUAAUGCAAUAAUGUACUGUAUUAGGAAAAAUAUCACCAGAAUAUCACACAUUUGAUUCCAUGAAUAUUAUUCCUGUGGGUGGGUCUACAUUUGAAUGUACACAAUUUUAAAUCUUUAAGGAAUAAAAGUUUGAGUAAAUAAUAUGCUGGCGUUAUGCAGACUGGGUGGUAAGACUGCCCCCACUCUUGCAGGGCUGGCAGACCCGUGUCCCUCUGCCAUCUCUCCCUGUAAGGGGAGCUUGUGUGCUUGUUGUGAUUGCUGACUGUAUAACGAGCAUGCAGGUGGGUUUUGUGGUUCUCAGGAUGAAAAUAGAGUGGAAAGUCCUGUAAGAUACCUCCACUUUCAGUUAUUUUCUUCACUUUUAUUAGAAUGCAUAUAUUUACAUUUAUUUUUAAGUACUUUGUCAUAACUUAAUUAAAAACCUUUUUAGCCUAUUGUUCAACAAAUUGCCUUUGUGGCCCAAGGAAGCUGAACCAGAUUCCAUCUUAGUGGUGAUAAAGAUAACAGCUGAGUGUUAAACAGAGUGCUGGUGGCUGGGUCUUUCCCUAAUCCUCUGAGAUCUUUUAUUUUUGGUAGAGAAAUUGUAAUUUACAGAGAUGUACAUGCAUGUGUGUGUGUGUGUUGGUAUGAGUAGAAAGCAAGAAGAAUAAGGGUGAGUAAAACUUUUCUAAAGCAAUCUCCAUCUCGAUCAAUAUAAUAGCAAUGAAUUCUACUUAGUCUGUUGGAUUGGUGAAUAAGUGUGACUAAAAUACUAGUUUACAUGAGGACAAAGGAUUGCUGACUUAUAAAUAUCCCUUUUCUUUUGUCAAGUGCAGCAAAAAAUAUUAAUGAUCACUUUUUUGCAGCCAGGCAAUAUUUUAUUUUAAAACUCCUCCCUUAGCCUAAAUCAUGUCUGAUAAUAGUUGGAAGAUUGUAAACUUGCUUAUAAAGAAAAUGGCUGUCAUAAAGAAUCACUUUGCCAUUGACACAUGCGAUGGCUUAUAAUGGGAGAUUAUCUUACACAAGUGCGCACUCACGGAGGUAAAACUAUCAUUGUUACUUCGUUGAAUGCCCUCUCCUGUGCCUACAUAGAUGGGGGACUGCAGAAUUCCUCGCAGCCUGUUGAAAUUGCUUCUGUCUUUGUUUUGCUCUCUAUUUGGUGGUAGAAUAUUGAAUUUAGGUAACUCCUUUGAUAACAUUAACAUUUUGCUGUUUGUAAACCAGCUGAAUUGAACCCUCCGAAUUCACUUCCUUUGGGAUUUCCAAAUUUUCAUCAGUAUUUUCUUUAGGGAGGAUGAAUACAGCAACUAAAAAUGACCUUGCUACAUUUCUAGUUUUUAUUGUCACACACACAAAAAAAGUCAGCUGUUAUAAAUUGAGUAUUUUAUGAUAAAUAUCAACAAUUCUCUGAAAAACAGAACCCUACCAUUUUCUUAUUCUUUCAAAAUGGGAAAGCUGCAGCAUGUGUAAAAAAUUACAUUUUUUAUAUCAAGAUAAUUCAUGAGGUGUUAUGUUUACAGAGUCAUCAUUUUUUAAAUGGUUCUUCGUAGCUUUCCAUUGGUGUUUGUUUUUAGAAAUGAUACUAAGUGAUAUGCUGAUGAAGUCUGUUUUUAUAGAAAAAGCUAUCAAAGGUGGGGUUGGGUGGGAGGGCACAGCGCCAACUGAGUUCAGACUUGGUGUUAUCAUCAGGAGCUUCCUGUGGCAUGACUGAUUCUUAGCAGUGUACAGACUCUCACAGACCCUGCUCUUCCAUACCAAAAGGAUUUUGGUAUUUUCUUCUCUCGAUAGGCUUAGAUAAAGAUGAGCAAGCCAGUAGAAUAAUAAUCAUCUAAAAAAUGAUUUUUAUCAUUGCAUUAAAUAUUUAUUCUUAUUAUGAAAAAAUAUUCUCAAAGUUACCCACGUUUAGUCCGUAGUGUGAUGAAGCCUAUGAUCGCAAUUUCCAACUUUCAGUCUUUUGAAAACACGACUCUGAGAGUUGCCUGGACUCAUUUUCACGUUCUGUUUUACUUUUUUUCUAGAUGCGUUGAUGAUGGGUUUUUCUGCAAGAAUGUUCUCUUAGAGAUUUUCCCAGAAAGAUAAUACAGGCCUAAAUAGAAAAGUUUAUGAAUACAGAUAAACAUAUCAAUAAGCAGAUGUCAGGGUCUGGAGAGAACUUUCAUCAAGCGAUUUAGUUGCUUAGAUUUCUUAGGGUUUCUCUUCUCAUUUGGUUGUGCUUGACCUAGAGGAGAGUAAAACAUCAAGUUUUAAAAACUUUUGUGGGAGAUAAUUCAGAAAGUUGCAAAUUUUCUGUUUUAGGAAUUUGCUAUACUGUGUUUCAAGGGCGUGGAAUUUUAAUCUCUUGCAUUUAGCAUUACUGUUCUGGAAGUGUUUGCUGAUGGUCAAGAAUCAUUGGAAGUUUAUACCCAGUUUAUCUUGUUCUGCCCUGACUCCUCAAAUCAUUGUUCAAUACUCUUAUCAAGUCUCUUUCUGGAAACUACAACCUCACAGAUUAGAGUGAAAUCCAGAAGCCUAGAAGGACUGGUGGAGCCACACCCGGGUUUGGAAAGUCAGCCUCUUCUAGUCCAGGGAAAGGGGCUGCUGGCGCACGGCUUUCACAAAGCUGCCCGCUAAACCGGCGUCAACUCUGUUUUCUGUGAAUGUAAGUUGUCAGGUCUCUUGUUUCUAUCCCGAGGAGUGGAAUCGCUGGGUCACGUGGUAGCUCUGUGCUUAACAGUGUGAGGAGCUGAUGAACUGUAUUCUCAAGCGGCUGGAGAGCACUGUCUGAGGGUUCCAAUUUAUCCACAUUCUCCUCAGUACUUCUUGUUGUCUGCUUUUUUUGAAUUAUAGCCGUCGUGUUGCAUGUGAAAUGGAAUGGCGUCUCACUGUGGUUUUCAUAAAGCUCUUUUUAAGCCAAAGUUAUCACACUAGUUUGAUAUCUCCAAGGAUUCCCUUUGAUUGUGUGGAUUUAGAUUCCUGUCUAAAAAUGCUUCUAAGUUAGCAGUUUCUUGAGAAUGGACUUUUCUUAAAAGGCGAGCAUAUUCAAAGUAUUAGAAGUUCAGUUUCUUUCUUCUCUGGGGAUUCUUUAUUUCUCUUAUGUUAGAAUUGUGUAAGUACUUAUUAAUCUAUGUGAAUCAAUCAAAACAGGAGCUCCGUUAAAUUUAAAAUAACUUGAAAUCUAAUAACUAUCUGUCUAGACAGCUUUCCCUGGGGUGCACAAAAGGUGGGAAAUUUUUAUCACUAAGUGAAAAGACUAUUUUUAAACGUACUAGCUACUCAGUUUUACCGCUCAGCUGUAGGUCCAAAAUUACCACAGAGACCCAAGCCCAGACUUUAAAGAUUGGCUCCUCUUUCAGUGCACGAGACGGUCGUGAGUGAUGUGAGCUCUGGUGGCUGACAGACGCAUAAGACACUCAAAGACCUACAACCGGAUUUUCUGUCGUCUGCCCCCGACCUUCACCGUAUCCCUGCUGUCUGCCCCCAACAGAUCCCACCCACAGAGAGAUUGCCUGUUGCUGCUCCCCCAGCGGGGAGUGUAUUGUCAGGCACAAGAAAAGCCUAUUUUGUCUGAUAUUAGUAAAGCCACACAGCUCUCUCUCUU